AUGGUGGUGUUUGGUGAACGCUGGAACUACCUGUCGAACGUAAUUUCGGCAUUAAGGGCUAAAAAGUUAGUACAAAAGGGAUGCGAAGCCUUUUUGGCUUAUAUUAGUGAUACGGAGGCUAAGACCCUUACUAUUAAGGAUUUGAGAACGGUUAAGGAAUUUUCGGAUACCUUUCCCGAGGAGCUGCUAGGGUUGCCACCCACCAGGGAAGUAGAAUUUAGAAUCGAGAUGUUACCUGGGACGACAUCGAUUGGUCUGCGUUCGGGAUAUCACCAAUUGAGAGUGAAGGAGGCAGAUGUUCAUAAGACGGCUUUCAGAACUCGUUAUGGGCACUACGAGUUCUUAGUGAUGCCAUUCGGGCUGACGAACACACCUAUCACUUUCAUAGAUCUCAUGAAUCGGGUCUUUCCACCCUUCUUGUAUUGGUUCGUGGUAGUCUUUAUAGAUGACAUUUUGGUGUUCUCAAAAGAUGAUGAUAAGUAUGAUGCACACUUAAGGACUGUGUUGCAAACUUUGAGGGAGAAGUUGUUGCAACGUAGGUGGGUGGAAUUAUUGAAUGAUUAUGAUUGUACAAUUGAAUACCACCCUAGCAAAGCGAAUGUGGUAGCCGACGCGUUGAGUCAUAGGGCUAAAAUAGACUUGAGAGCUAUGCUCACCCGUUUAAGUUUGUUGGAUAAUGGUAGCUUGUUAGCUCAGCUUCAAGUAAAGCCGGUAUGGGUCGAGCAUAUAAGGAGUAAGCAAUUAGUGGAUGAGACUUUGAGUGCUCGUUUUAAACAAGUGGAGAGUGGGGAGACAUCGGAUUUUGGGAUAAAUAGUGAAGGAAUCCAUGAUAUGUUCCAUGUUUCUAUGCUGAGACGGUAUCACUUGGAUCCUUCCCAUGUCGUGGCGAUUGAAGAAAUCGAGGUCAGACCAGACCUAAGUUUCGAGGAAGAGCCCAUACAAAUAAUUGGUCGUGAUGUUAAGGUACUGAGAAGGAAGUCUGUUCCAUUAGUAAAAGUGCUUUGGCGUAAUCCCAAGGUUGAGGAGGCUACUUGGGAACCUGAGUAA